AUGGGCGCAGUCGUUAGCGAUAUAGUCGACCAUGAGGACCACGAUGUCGAACGCAGUGGAUAUUUUGAAGCUUCCAGUACAGUCAACUUCGUAAACCAGGUCCUGCGGAUCGUCUCGGAGCAUGGCGAUACUGGCGCAAAGAGCCUGGCGACCAGGAGAAGCGGCACGCGACCAAAGGGACGACAGCAGGCCUUGGAAGAGUAUGCAUUACCACCCCGUCGUGAGGCAGAUGCGAUGCUGUCGGGAUUUUGGGUCAACAUCCAUUCUUUGUACCCUUUCCUAGACCGACAUGAGUUUGAGCGAACAUACCAUGGUCUCUGGACGGCCGGGCCUUCCGACGAGCUCACGGAGUCUCAUGUGUACGCUGAUUCGUAUGGUGGUCGUGACGAAGGCCGAUGGGGGGACCGGGUUCCGGAGUCACGACGCUUCCAUAUCCUAUUAAACGUCAUGUUCGCCCUGGGAUGCGACAGUACUGUAUCCGAAAGUGCUGCAGAAGAGAGCCAACGCGGAGAGAUGCAUUGGAAGCGAUGCAAGGACCUGCUCGAGCGGGAUUUUGAUAUCUUCAAUCGUCCUCGGAUACUGAUCAUCCAAGCUCUGCUGUACAUGGAGUACAACCGAGCUCUCGAGCGCAUGCUGGAAUCUUGUCGGUGUUGCUGUGAGAAUGUCAGAAGCACUGGGGCUGCAUUGUUGCCCGAAGCGAGCGUUGGAAACGGAUCAGAUCGGUACUUCAGCUCGGUGGCGGACCUGGGCUGGAUGUGUCGCGUUAGACCGGUAAGCAGAGCAGCCGCUGCGAGAAUGGGGGUGCAAUCUCCUAACUGUUCAAUCAGCAUGUUAGCAACGACGUACGGCAGGUCGAGCAUGGUUCCAGCAGUCACAAGGCAGCGGAUCGCAUCUUGUGUACCACCAAGCAGUGAUUCAUCCAACGAUUGGAAAGACGCGGUCUUCCUCAUUGCCUCGUUGAAGCUGAACAGCCUGCUCGGCGACAUCAUCGACAGUCUCCCAAACUCCGCCGCGACGAACACCGAGAACGGCCCGGCGCCCCAUAUCGGUACAGGGCUUCUGCGUACGCCACAGAGAAGAAGCAAUGUCGAAGCCCAUGAUUUUGUGGCAUUGCUUAACUUUGAAGAGGCACUGGAAGGGUGGGAUCGCGAUCUGCCAGACAUACUAAGGCUGCCGGCCACUGCAGAUCUGAUGUUAGGUAAUGAAAUGCAGCAGAGGUCAGGGUGGGACCGCCACGCUGUGGUUCUUCGUGUGAGGUGA